AUGGUUCGCUUUGCUUGUUUGUGAUAUCUUUUCAACAUUUUUUGCUUUCAGACGGAAAAUCAGCCCGAAGGGAGGGAAACGGCGAUAACUGACCAAAACGUUGUUUUGUGCGCGACAAUGGAGGGCCGCGUGUGUGUGACGAGGGCUCCCGUCCGUCUGAAUGUCUAUGAUAUGGUUCGUUUUGCAGGGAAAAAAAAUCGAAGAAUUAGAAUAAUAUUAAAGGAGGUAUAUAUUUUUGAUUAGAAAAAAGGGAUUUUACUGAUUUUCUAGGUUUUUUGUUGAUUUGGCUGUGAAAAAACGCUCUUUAGAUGGUUCAAUUGAUAAAGUUUAUUGGUUAUUUUUUUUGCCAAAGUUUAAUUUGAUUUGAGCUUCUUUCUCAGCAACGAAAAAAUAUUUUCAGCACGAAAAAAUAAUUUUCCCUCAAAAACAGUUGAAACAGCUUUUUAAAACUUUGGCUGGUUUUCGACUGUGCGGCAUAUUUUUUUAAAAAAAUGCAAAAGCUCGAUUUUUUUCUGAGAAAGUUGUAGGGUAUGAUACUGACUUUCAGGAUUUUUUUAUACCUUUUUGCAAUGUUUUAAAAUUUUAAAAAUUAAAACUUUUUUUGAAAAAAACCUUUUUUUCCCUUUUUUUCAAUCGAAAAAAAUCGAAUAUUUCAUUUAAAAUGAUCAACUUGACGGAUAAAAAGAACUUUUUGAAUGAAAUUCCGAGGCCAACUUUGUGUUUUUUUGUAUGUUUGAGCAGCUGUGUGCCGUUUCGAACUCUGUCACCGAUUUUUGCGAAUUUUUUUGUGAAUGGGAAGCGGAAAAAAACGUGAAAAAAUAGUCGGAUUUGAUAAUUAUAUCAAAAAAAUAAAUGAAAAAAAAUUUCCACCGAAAAUUUCGGAAAAGGUUUUUUUCACAGAAUGUUCAUUUUGGUUUCCACACAGCAUCAAAAAGUAAUAUUUUUUUCUAAAGUUUUUUUAAAAGUUUUUUGAAACAGAAAUAUUUUUUAAAAGCUCAAAAUCGCCACACCCCGAUUUGACAUGAAACAGUAAUAUCUGAUUUUUUCUCAUUUUCCGGUUAAUGACUUCCUUUUUUUCCAGUACUGGCUGAAUGACUACGCCUCGAACAUUGGUUUCGGCAUUUUUCCAUUCGGGAAUCGAAAUCUUUGGUGUUGGUCAGUUUUUUUCCUUUUUUUAAAAAAAUAUAAUAAUUUUUCCAGAAUACGCCUACGGUGGCCAUCCGUACGCAUUUUCGGGCGUUUUCGAAAAAUUCGCCCCAGGAUGCCGAAGAACUCGGCGAAAACUUCAAAUUCAGGUCAGUCAUGCAGAGAUAUAUGCUAUGUAUUAAAAACAGUUUAAUCAGUAUUUUUUUAUUACUCUUAAGAAACAGGAAUGUGAGAUAAAAAAACUCAUUUUUUUGUGGAAUAACGAGAAAAAUUUUUUUCUGUACGAUUUUUUUAUGAAAAUGGAAGUUUUUUUCCGAAAAGAAUUUUUGAUUUAAGAUUGGUUUUUACUUAUAAUUCCCAUAAGUUUUUGCUUUUGUUAAUUUUGUCUGAAAUCUCAAAAAAAUUAGAAAUCUGACAUAAAAUCUGAUUUUUUUGAAGAAUUCGAAGAAAUUCCCUAUUAGAAAUUCGAUAAAAAACGUUUCAAACUCAUGAUUUUUUUAACAAAUUUUUUUCACUUUCUCAAUUUUUCAUUGAAGCUACUAGUGAGAAUAGGGAUUCCAGAGUGGUCCCUAUAGGACCCUCCUAAGGCUCCCCUCUAGGGACAACUUUAGAGACCACCGGAGCUUGCAAAAGUGGCCCCUUUAGGGAUUUUUGUUAGUAUAAAAGUUACCAUAAUCUCUAGAAUUAACACUUUCAGCCGAUUCAAACCCUUUUCAUUUAUCAAAGUUUUGAAAAAUUUUUUUUCGAUUCGGACGAUUACUGUAGCUUCAAAGUACGCAGUAAAAGUGUCUGCAGAUUUUUGUUCAAGUGAAAAAAUUCCAGGGAGUCGAUCGUAGUCGGAGAGACGGAUUUGACGGCGUCCGACGUCAGGAAUCUGAUCAAACAGCUUGGAGACGAAUUCCGAGGCGAUCGGUACUCGAAAAUUCAGGAAAUUUCAAUAAUUUAUUGAUUUUUUCAGGUACCACUUGAUUUCUCGGAAUUGCAACCACUUCAGUUCGGUUUUCACGAGGGUGGGUUUCCCAACAAAAUCGGAGAGAAAACGGGAAAAAGUCGAAAAAUUGCAAAAAAAAAGACUAUCAUAAAGUUCUCAUUGAGAAGUAAGACGAAAAAUCGCGAGGGUUUUAGAAAAAUUUUAAACUCGAAAAAAAUCCAUUUUUUUCUAUGCAAAAAUAUGCCUUUUUUUCCAAUCAAAAAAAUGAAAAAGAAAAAAAAUCGAAAAAAAUCAAAAAGUUAAAAAAAUUUCUUUUUAACCCAAAAAAAUCCUUCCUUUCGGUUCCUGGAAAGUACUCAAUUUUUGAAAAGUAAAAAUUCAUCUUUUUUUAGAAAUUUUUAGUUCAUGUUGAAAAUCAACUUUCUAUUCGAUAAUCUAAGAUUUGAGAAGUUUUUUUAUUUUUUUCCCAGUUCAAAAAAAAGUUGGAAAAAGAGAAAAAAAUCAGCUAAUUCUCAAAUUUAUCGAUUUUUUUCUGGUCCAAAAAAAGCUUGAAUUGAAUUUUAUUCCAGUUCAUAGUCACAAGAAUAACGUAUAAAUUACAAUUUUAUCGAUCUCAAUAUUUUUUUAAUCUGGUGAAUAAGGCAUAUUUUUCAUAUUUAUCGAUUUUUAUCACUAUUUCUGAUUUUUAAAAAAAGCUUGAAUCCAGGUUAAGAUCAAUUUUAAUCCAUUUUUUUCUGAUCUAAAAAAAGAAUUUUGCAGUGCCUGACGGGCAAAGAAAUCCCCGGCUGGAUCAAUCGAUUGGCCAACGUCAGCGGGUCGAUUCCCUUCUUGGAAAGGGUUUUUUGGAGUCAAUUUUUUCAUGAAUUAUUGAUUUUUUGCCCAGGUAAUCCCACAAGAAUGGCUGACCCCCGUGGCUCUCCAAAACACAAUCGAGGAGACCAAACGCGAAAAAGCCGAAAUGGCCGAGGAGGCCACCGAAACCGCGAUUAGAAGAUCGUUGAAUGGUCAGUUUUGCGGGGUUUUUCCGGUUGAAAAUUAAGAAAAAAAUGAGAGAAAAUCGAUUUUUUUCCAGCUUUUUAAAAUGAAAAAAAUGAGCUCACAAAAAAAUAAUAAAAAUAGAUUUUUUUCAUGUUUGAAAAAUUAAAAUUCAGGAAAAAAAUGAUGAAAAAAAUAGCUUUUUACAGCUUUAAUAAUAAAAAUUACGAUUAAAAAAAUAGCUGUUUUUUUCGUCGUUUAAAAAAACGAAAAUUUAAGAUAAAAAAAUGAUAAAAAAAUCAGCAUUAUUCCAAUUUUAAAAGUAGAAAUCGAAAGUAGAAAUGAAAAAAAUCUUGCUUUUUUUCAGCUUCAAAAAAAUGAUAAAAAAAUGAAAAAGAAGCUUUUUCCAGUUUUUUUAAAAAAAGCUCUAAUAAAGAAAAUUACGAAAUAAUAUCUUCUUUUAGAUUUUCAAAAUGAAAAUUUAAGAUAAAAAUGACUAAAAUCAGCUUUUUUCAGCCUUAAUAUGAUGAAAAUCGGUUCUAGAAUUGUGAAUGAAAAAUGAAAGUAGCUUUUUUCCGCUUUUUAGUUGAAAGAAUGGGUUAAAAGCUUAGAAAAUUCAAGUGUUUUUUGAAUUUUUUGAAGUUGGUAAUGUGAGAGUGGUCCCUAGAGGGGUAAGACAGGAAAUAUAGAGGGCAAAUAGUUUUUACUGAAGGGUUAAAGUUAUAUAAGGUCUUACCUUUCAGGCUCUAGUGGUCCCUCUAGAGGUUUUUCAGUUUUUUUUUCAGGUUUUAAAGUUGAAAGGACAUAUAGGGACCUCUAUAGUGAUUUAGUGACCUUUUUAGGAAAGGCAAAGUGAUUCCUAAAGGAGAGCUUCCAGGGGCCUUAAGGUUGCCCCUCUAGGGACCAUUCUGGCGUUCUAAAGAAGGAUAUUUGAAUGAUAAGUGAACAAAAUGGCACGAUUAGGAAAUUCGAGCAAGUUUUUAUCGAAAAUCGGUUUUUUUUUUCCUGAGUUUUAAGUGAAAAAAAUGAGUAGAAAGACGUGAAAAAGAAGUUUUUUCCUCCAGGCCUAGCGGAAAAUGAUCGGAAUAGUCGGUCUUCUUUAAGUGGUCACUAAAGGGUCUUUCUUUUUCCUAGCUUUUGAGCUCAUUGAAUUGAUAGUAAUCUCAUACAUGAGAUAGUCUUGGUAGAAUUUUUCAAAAAGGCGGGGGGACUUGGCAAAAAAACAAGAAAGUGGGGGUGGCUAUCGCCAGUCAUGCUCAUCCCAUGUAAGAGUAACCUCAUGGAUCGUUUUCUCUUUCCAGAUUCCCGGACGACGAUCGUCAACGGCCAUCCGGGCAACGGCGUCGUCGAACGUUCCUCGUCGGCCUACCAGUCUUCGUCGUCGUCGACGUCAUCUGAAGACGGCAACGGGCCCGGCAGCUACUCCCCGAUGCCCAUCAAAAGAGGCACGACGAACGCAGCGACGACGCAACAACGCCGCAGCAGCUCGCCGCCCAUCUACCGCCUCUGGAACCAGAUCAAGGCGAGCAUCGGCGUCUCCGCCCAGAACGCCCUCGUCCCGACCCCGCCUGGCAUCGGCGGCAUCGACGCCCGAUAA